GAAGCAACCACUAGCCCCCUAAGCCUGCUGAAGUCUUAUGCGCAAUUAAAUUGUUCUUCCUUCUUGUUUGCAGUGCGUAAGCAAGAGAUCAUUAAGAUAACAGAGCAGCUGAUAGAAGCCAUCAACAAUGGAGAUUUUGAGGCUUAUACAAAAAUCUGUGAUCCUGGCUUGACCUCAUUUGAACCUGAAGCACUGGGGAACCUGGUUGAAGGAAUGGAUUUCCAUAAGUUUUACUUUGAGAACUUACUGUCGAAGAACAGCAAACCAAUACACACCACCAUCCUGAACCCCCAUGUCCAUGUCAUUGGUGAAGAUGCUGCCUGCAUCGCGUAUAUCCGCCUGACACAGUACAUCGAUGGCCAAGGUCGGCCCCGUACCACGCAGUCUGAAGAGACCCGCGUCUGGCACCGCCGAGAUGGCAAGUGGCUGAAUGUCCACUACCACUGCUCUGGAGCUCCUGCAGCACCUCUCCAGUGAGGAUCAAAUACAGCAACUUGUGGAGAUACUCAGCUGGAGGGCAAUAUCUUCUUAGCAAGCAGCUCUGGAGUGCCUGAGUGACAGCAACGGUCAUGUCUGUUUUGACGUUAAAAAAAUAAAUACAAAUUACAAACAGGCAGCAGCCAAAUGCACGAAACCCUGCAUGCAUCUGAUGCUCCGGGCGCUGCCUUUCUGUUGUUUUCCAUGGAUCCAUCGUGUCUGUUUCUGCUGUACGAAGGUGUUUUUAAAAUCUAAAAAAAAAAAAAAAAAAAAGGAAAAAAAAAGACAUGUUGUUUGUAUAAAAUAAUAAAGAACAGGAAUAAUGCUAAAUAAAUGACAGAUUAUCCAACGUGCCCCUUCCCCCAGGGCUAAGGAAAUGGCAGCAGCUGGAACAUCUUUCAGAAAUUAAGUGAGGGGGAAAGCAAAAGUGAAGGAGAGAGAAAGAGAGAGGGAGAGCGAAAAAGGAGGCAGCUUGAGCAGCGGAUGGCUGAACGGUGCUGCGCAAUGCCAUGGUGGAAGGUAACAUCACGUUCAGGCUGUGCUGCUACUUCAAUCGGUGAGAGAUGGCGAGGAGGAGACCCCAGAGGAGCCAGUGUGAAGACUGGGGUUCAAGAGAGAGGAGGUGCUUCUCCUCCUGUUGCCCAGCAGACUGACUUCAGCCUGCUGCUUCUUCAAUUUCUGCACAGCAAGAACGCUACGGAAAGCUGGUUGCUCGGCUGCUGGAUCCCAGAACAGACUGU